CUCACUACAGCGAUAACAAGGCCAUCUUGUACGUUCUUGCACAUUUCAGUUUGCACAUCUUCACGAUUGUGAGUGUGUUUCAGCGGUUUGCGUUAACAUGGCUCUCAACCGUGUCUUGUUGUUGGUUUUCUUGCUUAAAACUUUACCGUUUUGUUCUUGUUCUGAUCCAUAUUGCGCUCUUGAUGGUGAAAAUCAGUAUUCUUAUGAGGAGGGUGGUGCAGUAGACGAUUACUCGAAUUCUUGGAUGAGCACUAAUACCGGGCGUAAUGACGAAGUUCCUUCGGCAUCCAUCGUCUGUCCGAACGAUGCUGACACCUGCUUUUCUUACUCUUUUACAAUCGAACGAUGCCAGACGAAUUCAAGCUUUUCUCCUGAAUUCUACUGCAAUUGUGAUUCCGACUGCGAUCAUUUUGAAGAUUGUUGCUAUGGGCAUAGGAACGAGAACGCGUCUAUGCGAGCAAUAAAGGCCAAGUUCUUCCCAGAAAAGCAAUACUGGAGUUGUACCUCGUUCACGAUUGGUAUUGAAUGGUCAACGGCUUGCAUUCGUGAUGUCCUUGUGGUGAGCAUAUGUCCAUCUUCAGCCAGGACAGACCUUGACUUGGUACAAAGAUGUGAGCAGCCGCUUGCGAAUGACACUGUCUUCUUUGACUCCAAGGAGAUCUUCUACCGCAACAGGUAUUGCGCUCUUUGCCACAGCGUGAACUCAUCGGAACUCACCCCUUACAUCAUUUUCACACCUUGUUUGGACAACAGACAAACUGAGAGCAAUCUUUGUGGACAACGGCCAUUUUUAGUCAAUGGAAGCGCCCCUCCACCUAUCCGCUGGUGUUUCCAUGACAGUGCCAUCAUAUCGCACUGUGAUUCACAAACAGGAGCAGGCGUGCCGUGUUUAAACGAAACGGAGAGAGUGAUAAUCAACGGUAGUAUCUACAAGAACAUUGAUUGUGCAGAAUGCAACGGAGUCUCUGUUGAUAACAGUUCCAGUCUUAGAAGCAACUGUGAAUUUAAUCUCAAUGGCCUAAGUAUUCCGAUCAAUGUUCCUUAUAACCAGCCAGCCUUCGAAAUUACCUAUUUCUACCCUCAGCUGCAAUGCAUGAAUGGUCUUCAAUUGUCUGGUACUGAAUGCGUUCCAGAGGUCGGCUCCUGGCCUGAUUGCAGGAACAGAAACAUCAUCUUGGGUGUCAUCACCAACGGAUCUCUGCAGUGCUUCGAUGGUUUCGAAAUCCUGAAGAUUUGGGCGUACAACAACUAUCCCAAUACCACUAUCUAUGAACUGAAGGAAGAGGAAUAUGACGGAAGUAAAGUAAACUUCAUGAUGUUUCCAGCAAACAUCGUACCGCAAAAGACCCAACUAGAAGGCUUCACGGAAAGCAUACUGGGAGAGAAGCGGGGAGACUGUUGCCGGGACAACAACAUCAUCAUUUAUGAAGUGUGUGACAUUGAAUAUGAAUUAUCCACUGGCAACAAUGCCAAUCUGACUCGGAUAACCGACGAUAUCGACUUGUUUGAACCUGUGCUCAUCAAUGGAACAACGUACAUCAUGUACAAUCACACUACCUUUGUGACGCCAUUGUACUGGGAAAAUAAUACUUAUUACAGACGUCUUUCAAGGGAGUGGAAAUUCCCCAUAGAACAGUCCUUCUCGCUUCAUGGAGAGAUUGUUGACAUCGACACUUGCGCCUUCAUCGUUGUUGGAAACUCUCUUAUUACCGAAAACGAGCGGAAUAAUGUUACAUACUUGAUAUACCAGGACAUCCCAUUUCCUCCAGAGAGCUACAUUCGUUACCUGAAUGGCUCUGUCCGUCUCUGCUGGACUGGACCCGAUCCUCCAGAACCUGUCGGCAUGUUCGAGUACUCCAAAGGGCAGAAUAUACUGAACCUCAUACUCGCUAUACUGUCCUCCAUCUGUCUCUUGGCGACGUUGCUCACGUACUGUAUCUUCAAGCCUCUGAGGAACCUCCAAGGCCUAUCCAUCAUGAGCUUUGUGUCGGCCUUUUUUGUUGCGCAGGUGAUGCUCCAGUUCAUCGCUCCUAACAUGAUAUCUUUGCCAACUGUUUGUACGAUAGCAGCUACCAUCGCUCAUUAUUUCCUCCUCGCUGUCUUCACAUGGACGAACAUCCUGGCGUGGGAUCUUGUUCGUCACUUCGCAUCCUCAUCUUUCUUACCAAAGAGACAUGGUGAGAUGAGACGUCUGAUCGCCUACCUCAUCAUCGGCUGGUGUCUUCCUCUCGUCAUCGUCGUUCCCUGUCUGAUUAUUCAAGUUCAGAACCCUUCGCUGUUUCGCUACGGCAAGAUCGGGACAUCGUGCUGGAUCUACCAAGCCAGGGCUAUCGUGUUGGCUUUCUUGGUACCUUUCGCCGUCAGUUUCCUCGUCAAUAUCGUUCUCUUUUCGUUAACUGUCUACGGUGUUCACAAGAGCAAACGUGAUUCAAGUGCUCUGCACGAAGGUGCUCAUGAGCGACGGAAGGAGCUCUUCCACGAACUGGUAGUUCACUUUAAGAUAUCAUGCCUGCUUGGUUUUGGAUGGUCCUUCGGUUUCAUCGCUGCGUUUGCCCAGGCUGCUGCUGUUUGGACAAUCUUCAUCAUCACAAGCUCUCUGCAAGGGGUUUUUGUCUUCGUCUUCUUCGGCGCUAACCAUCGGGUGAGAGGUCUCUGGCGAAAGAGAAUCCGUGAAUCCAAGUCAGAAGGGAGAAGUACGAGUACACAGGAACCAAAUCUACGGGAACCAGUCGGACGAGAGACAGGAGAGGAAAAAGAUAACAGCGUCGGGUUCAGCCCCGUCAGCUACACAAGUCUAAGAGUUUCUCAGUGA